CACGCACGCUGACUUUGCAUUUUCAUUGACCUUCUCUUCCUCCGUCGUCUCUUUGAGAUGUUGCAAAGGGCCCAACGGAGAUCAAGAUGGACUCCCCCGUGUCUCCCCAGGACGGAAGCGCCAGCGAUGAGAUCCCCAUGGAAAAAAACGCCGGCCUCGUUAUGGGCACAAACAACAGCAGCAUCGUUUCCAAAAGAAGUGUCGAGAAGCUCUACCUUCCUCAACCGCACUUUUAUCGUUAUUUUGUGAAAAAACCGAUCCGCCGGUCUCCUACCAUUAACCGUGGAUACUGGCUUCGCAUGAGAGCCAUAGACUGGGUAGUCAGGCAGUUCCUGGAAAAGCCCUCUGACUUGAAGAAGGUCGUCGUCAAUCUGGGCUGUGGCUAGUGACGACCCCCUCCCAUUCCAAUGGAUGGCUCAGCAUCCAGACUUGUGUGCCAACACCAAAUUCAUCGAUGUCGAUUUCGAAGAGCUCAUGAUCAGCAAGCGAGAGAUUAUCAUGAACACUCCCAAAAUGAAAGAUAUGCUCUCGACCACGUCGGACUUGGGUUCAGGGAAGGGUGUUGUGCUGGACUCGGAUGUCUACGUCGCAAUCGGAUGUGACCUACGAAACCCUUCAAGGUUGGAGCGCCUUCUGAGGUCUGUUGUAGAUAUCGAUCAAUGCCUUGUGUUAUGUCUCGCCGAAGUCAGCAUCACCUACAUGGCUACCAAAGACGCCGAUGCCCUGAUCGCUUGGACUUCCACGUUGUCGCCAGAUGUGACAUUCUGCCUGCUUGAACAACAGUCACCAGAUCGUCCAGACAAUCCAUUCACGGCGGCCAUGUUGAAACACUUUGCCAAACUAGGAACACCACUUCGCUCCGUACUCACUUAUCCUGGCACUCACACCCAGACACUGCGCUUCCAGGACGCCGGAUUCCCUCAUAUUGAGAUACAAAACCUAUGGGAGCUUUGGGCUGAUCCCAGAUUUCUGUCCCCAUCUCAAAGGAUUUCUCUGGAUGAAGUUGAGGAAUUCGACGAAUGGGAGGAAUUCGCUCUAUUCGCCUCUCACUACUGCCUAAUAAUCGCGCAAACAGGUCCCGAGCCUCUCAUGCCAGAGCAACAGCGGUCGAGGAGGGCAUCAGUUGAUAGUCUGGCGUCAGACAUGUCAGCAAGGACCGUUUCACCCCACAGAGAUAAUACCCAGUGGUUCGCGUACAAAUAUUCUGCGAAUCCGGAAAAAGAAGGAAGGACGCAUCAUGGCUCAGCUUUUAUAGUCCCAGGUCAAGAUGCUAUAGCCGUCCACGGCGGUGUUGGCCUUCGAGGUCGCUUGUCAUCUACUUCCGUCUACACUUCGCCUGACUCCACACUCCCUUAUCCCUCAGUCCCACCAGAGGAAGUAGGUGCCAGGUGCUGCCAUACUAUCACGACACUCCGCAAUGGACAGAACCUUCUCGUCGGCGGUCGAGGUUCACCAUCAUCGCCCAUGAAGGAUUGCUGGCUCCAAACGGACACGAAAUGGGAGAGGGUCCAUGAUCUUCCAGAACCCCGUUUCCGGCAUCGAGCAGCCGCUGUGGUACUUCCUUAUGAUCAGUAUGGCGUGGUCGUGUUUGGAGGGAAAACUUCAGCAACACGGAUUGCGAUUGACUGUCUGCUGUGGGACAAGGAGAACGGCUGGCAAGUUCUCCGCAGUCUCAAAUCCGACCCGAUGCCGCGCUUUGGAGCAUCCUUCGUCCGCCUGGGCUUUAACCACGGUCUCCUCCUAGGCGGAAUGCGUCAGGAUGGAGUCAUUUGUCAAGGGCUAUGGAAAUGGAGAUUGAUCAUCCGGGACAACAAAGUCAUGGGAAUCAAUUUCAGGGUAUCCACGGCUCUGGACGCUUCAGCGGGCAUCUGGCCAUGGUUGAAUCGCCUCGGGGCCUCUUACAGCGUCAUCAGAGACGAGAUCUUGCUCAUCGGUGGUGUAGCAAAACAUGGCUGCAUCCCCAAGGACUACGAGAUCCUCUCCAUCGUCGGUAGUUUCUCUGCCUUCAACGAGUACGAGAAGGAGAUGGAGUUCAGGGUCGCCUGUGUUUUACCCAAGAGAGACCCAAAUGUCCCUCGUCCUUUCCUUAUCGGCCACUCAACACAUUACACGGCACGACAGACUACUCUGAUUAUCGGUGGAGGGGCGACUUGUUUCAGCUUCGGCGCAUAUUGGAACCCUGGUUGUUGGCUUCUAUAUGACCGAGAAGCAGGACUGAGCUCACACUGGGCGAUGAUGAAGCCAGAAGCCAGAAAACCAGACCCUCAGUCAACGCCGCAGGGUGCUUCAGCGGCACGCAUCUUAACUGCCAUUGAGCGUAUCAAGAUUGAAUCGGAGCAAGAUUUUACACGCGUUCUGGGGGAGGGCAGGCCCAAACUCCUCUCAAACCUGGAUAUUGGCCCAUGUAUAUCUUCUUGGACGGCAGCAUAUCUCCUCUCAAAAAUUGCACCCUCGAAAUCCAUAGUCGUCCAUUCGGCGUCGGGCCGGACGAUGAACUUCCAACGGAAAGAUUUUGCGUACAAGACGACCUCAUUUCUUGAAUUCAUUAACCAACUCGAAUCAGACCCAAAUGCGCACAUGUACCUCCGUUCGAUUUCCAGCACCAAUCCAACAACUUUGCCUGCCGACCUUUCCACCGACUGGCCCGAGCUCGCGCCUGAUUUCCAUGUCCCGCACGCGCUCUCCUUUGUGAAGAAUAACCAGCACAGCAGCCCUCUCCGUAUCAGCGCAAAUGUGAACAUGUGGUUACAUUAUGAUGUGAUGGCCAACGUUCUCUUCCAGAUCCGGGGCACCCGAAAACUUGUCCUGUUCCCACCGGGGGAUCUGAAACAUCUAAAUUUCCCGCCCGGUUCGACAACGUCCAGUAUCGACAUCUUCGAGCCGACUCAACUGCCAGGAUCGGGCGAAGACACGGCGAGGUUCGUGCCAAAUACGAAGCCGCACGUUGCUAUUUUAAAGCCAGGUGAUGCGUUGUACAUCCCGCCGUUGUGGGCGCACACAGGGACACCACUGCCUGCUCCAACAAAACCCGAGCCGCUUUCACUAUCAACAUCAGUAUCAGCAUCAGCUUCUACUUCCACAUCAACAUCAACAUCAGAAUCAGCAUCGGCGUCCGCAUCGGCGUCCGCAACGGCCUCCACAUCUGCACCCCUACCCCAGCCCACACUGGAAUCUCCUUCAGCAACCACCACCAUCACCGAAGAUAAACCAAGCGAAGCCCAUGCUCUCCACGAAGCCCACCACCUCCCGGACACGAACACGAACGCGAGCUCGGACUCAAAAAUCAACAUCUCGGUCAAUGUCUUCUUCCGCACGCUGAACCCGCACAAGUACGCCGCAGGCCGCGACGUUUACGGCAACCGCGACCUCGCCGCGUACGAGGACGGGCGCCGGGACCUGGAAAAGAUUGUGCGCCGCUUCCUCAAGGUUGACCACGACGACCAUGACGGCGGCGGCGACAGCACGCUGAAACCCCAGGACGCACAUGAGGACGGGAACGGGAACGGCAAAAGCAAGGGCAAGGGCAAGGGCAAGGGCAAAAUUUUACAGCCAGCUACCGGCAGUGCCGAGGGUGCGCUGGACAUGGGCAUCAUCCCAAAGGACAUUGUCAGGGCGUAUUUGGGCCGGCUGGCCGACGAGUUGAGGGAAAAGGCGGACAAGUUGUAGGGAAUAAAAAUGCUGUCUUGCUUGUUGUGGGCGGGACGGUCAGGCACGGCACGCACAGCAAAAGGAAAAGAGGGAGGGGGAAUCAACUUCUCUGCCUCCCUCCUAGGACUGUCGACUAUUGACUAUUGCAGAUAUAAAUAAUGUGGUUAAUUGGGAACAUGCACGACCAGAUAUUAGUGAGGGAAGUAAAAUAAGUGUAGGAGCCUUUUUGGUGGCUGAAAAUUGAGGUUCCUUCAUUGCUAGCAUCAUCCCCUGAGCUGGCUCCCAG